UAAUAUUAGUGCAGAACACUGUACCUUUAAUUUAAAUGCCCUUGGAGUCUGCUGGGGAAGAGAAAUAAUACUGUCACUCAGUAUGACAUGCAGAUGAGUGCCGUCGAUCUUAGAAUCACCGCACACUUCACUCAUUUGGCCAGUCACGGGGCCAAAACCAGUGUUUGGAGCCACAGUGUGGCGGUGGAGGCAGCAGCAAUGGGAGGCCAUACAGCAACCUAUGACAAAAUGGAAACCAGCAGGAGUGUGAGGAGACCUGAAAGUGGCACAUGGCAGAGUGUGGCGAUGGAGACAGCAGCAAUGGGAGGCCGUACAGGGACCCAUGAGAGACUCUGGGACUUGGCAGCAGCAAUGAGGAGGCGGUAUAUAGGGGCCCAUGGCAGAUUAGGGGCCUGGCAGCAGCUAUGGGAGGCCCGUAAUCUGCCAGCACCCUAUGUCAAAAAAUUUAAAAACUCAACCAGCAGAGGUGAAGAGACCUGAAAGUGGCACAU